AUGUCCACGAGGUGGUAUCCCAUCUAUCAGCGCGGUAAUCCGCAGCUGCGCGUUUUCCUGCCCAACUUCUGGAUGAAGCUGGUUCGCCCGGCGGAGGAACAGCCCCCAAAUGUGGUUACCUUUUCGGUUUCAAUGGAAAUGACCAAAUACGAUGUGCGUAGCUACCUAGAGAAGAUCUACAAACUGCCGGUGGUGGAUGUGCGCACCCGAAUUGCCCUGGGAGAGACCAAGAAGGAUCAGGCCUAUGGAUAUAUCACCAAGAAAGACGAUGUGAAGCUAGCUUAUGUAACAUUGCCCCGUGAAGAGAAGUUUGUGUUUCCCGACUUCUUUGCGGAAAAGGCUGAAAGGCAGGAAAAGGAGGAAAAGUCGCUGGAUGAAUCGAAAGAGGGAUUCCGCAGAUUUCUGGACAGGAAUAAGAAGCGACCCGGCACUCCGGGCUGGUUUUCCAUUUAGUUUUUAGUCGGUAAUCUUAGCUACUUUGUUGUUUCAACGGGUAAAUAAACAUUUAUUUCGAAAGUCCGAAUUGUAACUUAAA